UCCACUUCCCGUCCGAUCCUGGGCACUAAAGAGAUUUGUGUCUGCAAUGGCUGACGAUCAAGAGAGAGACUUGCAGAGAUUUCUGGAAAAUGUGGAUGAAAUAACCAGUUUAAUCCAAGAGAUGAAUUCUGAUGAUCCCUUCAUACAGCAGAAAGCUGUCCUGGACUCGGAAAAGAAACUCCUGCUGAUGGAGAGAGAGCAAGAGGAGGACGGGUGCAGGACCACUCUGAAUAAGACCAUGAUCAGUCCUCCACAAACUCCCGAGGUUUCCCUUUCCGCUAUGGAGAAUGCAGAUGAAAUGAGCCCAGAUGCCUUCUUGGCAUCCGUGGAGAAGGACGCCAAGGAACGAGCCAAGAGAAGACGAGAAAACAGAGUCCUGGCAGAUGCCCUAAAGGAGAAGGGGAACGAGGCCUUUGUCAGGGGCGACUAUGAAACAGCCAUAUUCUUCUACAGUGAGGGCUUGGGGAAGCUCAAGGACAUGAAGGUGCUGUACACCAACCGAGCCCAGGCUUUUAUAAAACUUGGGGACUAUCAGAAGGCUCUCGUGGAUUGUGACUGGGCUCUGAAGUGUGAUGAGAAUUGUACAAAGGCCUACUUCCACAUGGGGAAAGCCCACUUGGCCCUGAAGAACUACAGCAAGGCUAAAGAGUGUUAUCAGAAGAUUGGAGAGAUAAACCCCAAGCUGAAGGCACAGGUGAAAGAACACCUAAAUCAAGUAACUCUUCGAGAGAAAGCAGAUCUUCAAGAGAAGGAAGCCCAAGAAUCUCUGGAUUCAGGAAAGAACACAGCAGUGACAACCAAAAAUCUCCUGGAAACCCUAUCCAAGCCUGGCCAGACACCCUUGUUCUAUGCAGGAGGCAUUGAGAUUCUGACAGAAAUGAUGACUGACUGCACAGAGCGAACAUUGUUCAGAACUUACGGUGGAUUCAGCACCAUCAGUGACCAUGAGAUCAUCAGAAGGUGCCUCUUCUUAACAGGGAAGGAUGCAGUCGAGGAGGUGCUUUGCGUAUCUGUUCUAAAACUCUGGCAGGAGGUUUGCGUCGACAAUGAGGAGAAUCAGCGCCUGCUUGUGACCCACCCCGAUAUGGCCAGGCUGCUGCCUUCCUUCAUGACUUCCAGAAUCCUGGUGAUUCAACAGCAGAGCCUGGACCUACUGCUGCAGCUCACUCAGACGGAGAAUGGCCGGAACCAAGUGAUCAAGCACCUUGACAUGACCCAACUGUGUGAAGCACUGCUGUCAUUUCUUGACUUCUCAGAUAAGAAGGCCAAUACAGCCAUCGGAAUACUCACAGACUUGGCUCUAGAAGAAAGAUUCCGAGUCUGGUUCCAGACCAACCUUCCAGAUGUCCUCCCCGCUCUCACAGGCGCUCUGAAACGAGAGCCCAAGAUAUCCAGCCCCUCUGCCCUCUGCCAGUGCAUUGCUCUGUUGGGAAACAUCAGCGCUGAGCCUACUACCAGAAAACACAUGAUAGCUCAUGAAGAAUUUGGGAAUGCCUGCUUGGACCUCCUGGUCAAGUGUGAAGAGGACAUGGACCUAUUCAGAGGGAUCACAUAUACCCUCCUAGGACUCAUUAUGAACUUGUGUCUUGAAAUCACCUUCCUCUCUGAGAUGUGGGUUGUGAAGAUGAGCCGGAAGUGCCUGUCUCUACUGAACAGCAAGGAUGGAGGAAUCUUAACAAGAACGGCAGGUGUUCUGAGCCGGACCCUUUCUUCCUCUCAGACCAUUGUGGAGGAGGCCCUGACAGCAGGAGUGGUCAAGAAAAUGAUUAAAUUCCUGAGGAUGGGAGGCCAGACUGCGUCACGCUACGCCAUAAAGAUACUGGCUAUCUGCACGAACAGCUGCCAUGCAGCUCGGGAAGAAGUAGUGAGGCUUGAUAAAAAGUUCGACCUUUUGAUGCUGCUGCUUGCCUCUGAGGAUGAAAUUCUGGCGGGCAAUGCUGCCCUCUGCCUUGGCAACUCCAUGGAAGUGCCCAGUGCAGCCCCUUCCUUGCUGAAGACGGACAUCGUGAGGGUGCUCUUGAAGCUGGCAGGCAGCGACUCAAAGGAGACAGGCGUGCAGCUGAAUGCAGGCAUCGCUCUGGGGAAGCUGUGCACUGCUGAGCCCAGGUUUACUGCCCAACUGCGAGAGCUUCACGGGAUACAAGUUCUCAACUCUGCAAUGAAACACUUGAAUGAUUCUUGAAAGACACGGUGCCAGUGUAAAAGCCUGUGAGCACGCGCGCACACACACACACCUCUGGGCCAGGGGACACUGCUCUGCUAAUAAAUUCUUUUUAAAUA